AUGACUAUAGACAAAGUCCUCGUCGUGAUUGACAAGGACAAUAGUCUGCUGAGCUAUGCCCUCCUGCCCGAUCACCCCGACGCAACACGCCUCGUGUUUAAAGACAUUACCACCGCGUCCAAGGAUAUUCUGAACGGCGCCACCUUCAUAUUGCUCAUCAAGGCCACAAAUUCACUACUUGCUACCAUUCGUGAUGAGAAAAUGGACGCAUUGAAGGUCGUCACUGACAACACCUCUGUCCUCCUAUGGGUCACCUCGGGCGACAUCAUGCGCGGGUCUCGGCCAGACUUCGCUCUCGUCUCGGUAGAUCUGGAGUAUGUCGAGAAGGACGGCGUUCUUCGUGUAAGCCGCUUCGUCCCGGACAAUGACCUCAAAAGUGAGUGCUGUACGAAGCAGGGUUCCGAGAAACUUGAGUUGCCCCUCAGCCAGGCACGCCCGUUCCAGCUUUCUCUUGAUCAGCCCGGUCAGUUUGGUGGUAUCUACUUCCAGCAGGUUGCGCCACCUCCUACACUAGCACCUGGAGACGUUCAAGUACAAGUUAAGGCCGUGGGCUUGAACGCUAAGGAUCUUUACUCCCUAGCUGGUAAAGUCAAUACCCCCAAUACUAUUUGCACGCUUGUAUUCAGCGGUGUUAUUGAACGUAUCGGGGACAGCGUUGAGGCGCUGCACGUCGGCGACCGCGUGAUCGUUAUAGCUUCCGAUCUACACGACAGUCUCGACAGACGGAAGAAGCAAUUUUUGGUCGACACCUUCGGUCUUUCGCCCCAAAAUAUCUUCACUUCACGCGACGAAUCUUUCGCGCAGAAUAUCCUCGCCGUAACCGGUGGUAAAGGCGCCGAUGUGGUGCUUAACUCCCUGACCGGCGACCUCCUUUAUGCAACCUGGCGUUGUAUUAGUGCGUUUGGGCGCUUUAUCGAAAUCGGCAAACGCGACAUGGUUAACGACGGACGUGUAGAUAUGAACAGUUUCUUGCAUAACACGACUUUCUCGGCCUUUGAUCUUUCCGACAUCUACAACCACCCAGACAAGCAAUACCAUGAAGUGUGCCCUUUAAGUACCGUACGACCUUUCUUCCCAGAGAAGACUUACCUCAUGAUUGGGUGUCUGGGAGGAUUAGGCCGCAGUAUGGCCAAAUGGAUGGUGGCGCGUGGAGCGCAGAAAUUCGUCUUCCUUGGCCGCUCUGGUACGGAUAGGCCGAGUGCGCGCCGACUCAUCGAAGACCUCACCCAAAGUGGCGCCCAUUGCAAGGUCAUACGUGGCGAUGUGUGCAAAAAGGCUGAUGUUGAAGCGGCUGUCGCAGCUGUGAAUGGAUAUAUCGGGGGUGUGAUUCAGGCCGCCAUGGGUCUUAACGUAAGUUUCCUCAAAACCAUCAAGCUUCUCUCAUUGACAAUAUUUCCAGGAAUCCUUUUCACGAGCAUGUCGAACAAUCACUGGCACACCGGCAUUGAUCCAAACGUGCACGGGUCAUGGGACCUGCAUCAUGCCAUCAAGGGCAAGGACUCACAGCUUGAAUUCUUCCUGAUGACCACUUCCUUUUCAGGGAGUGUUGAUACUGCCACCGAGUCCAACUACUGUGCCGGUAACUUCUUCCUAGACAUGUUCGCCAGGCACCGGCACGCUCAAGGGCUUCCCGCGCAGGCUAUCGGACUGGGUAUGAUCAGUGAGGUUGGCUACCUCCACGAUAGUUCGGAGAUUGAGGCGCUGUUGGUUUGUAAGGGUAUUCAGGCUAUCAAUGAAGACGAGCUGCUUCAAAUCGUUGAUGUUUCACUUUCCAACAAGCAGCUUACCGCUCCACACCCAGUGGACUACAAUGCCAAUGCCCACGUGCUCACAGGUCUGAAACCAUUUGGCCUGAUGGAGCUUCGAAAGAAGGGCUUUGAGGUUACAAACAUCGCUUUCCGCGACCCGCGUGCUGCUGUCCUCGCUCGCGUCUUGGAUAACGAGGAUGACGGGGCAGCUCAGACCCAAUCAACGCGUGGCUUACCAGCCGAUGUGGCCAAGGCAUUGGACGAGGGGGUCCCGCUUGCCGAUGCAAUUCAGACGAGUAUUGCCAGUCGGCUGGGCAAUCUAGUGCUCUUGCCAUUGGAAAAGGUGCAGGUGGCCAAGCCAUUGGCGCAGUUUGGCAUGGACAGUAUGAUUGCAUCGAAGUUCAGGACUUGGUUCUUCCAAGCAUUUGAGGUGGAUGUUCACUUUUUGGAGUUGAUGAGCAAGACAGUAACUGUAGCCUCGUUUACACCUGCGGUGAUUGAAGCGGUUAGUAGUCGUCAGUGA